AUGCUCACAGCGUGGAGAUACGACUCCGACACAAACGAGGUUGUCGUGCCGCGAAGCUACGACCCUGCCAAUGGUCGAUCCAGCAAGAUCCAAGCAUGUAAAACGUGCCGCGAGAAAAAGACUCGCUGCGAUGGAGACGGCCAAAACGCCUGCAACAGAUGCCGCUGCAAAGGCCUAACAUGCGCAUACACCACCUGCAGCAAAUCCAAAAAAUCAUCCUCAUCCCGUCCCUCAAAAUCAAGUUCCUCGUCAAUAUCCAAGCCCCGGCGGCAAUCCGACCGAAAGAACAGUCUCCUCAGUCCUGUUUCCAUGAGCCCUGCAGACUAUGAUUCCAGCGACACACUCUCCGACAAGACUGCCUCGCCUUUGCCCUGCCAGCUGGGCACAAUGGACGUGUUUGACACAAUGCCCGGGACUAGUCUUGACAACUUUGCCAUUGAUCCUUUGCUGCUGCAGGAUGUUCAGCAGUAUAACGGGUUUGAGAAUUACUUGGGCGUGUUUUCGAGCACUGCGGAUGCUGACAUGCAGUACUAUGUUGCUGGGGAGGGUGUGUAUGACGGCAUGCAGGCGGAGUCUUUUCAUGCGCCUUGUGAGUUUGGUAGCGAACAUGGCCAGAGUGUCGGGCGGUGCGACCAGAGGUGGUAUCCAAAUGGGCUGGCUUGA